AUGGCGGCCGCGGGCAAACAGCAUCGCAAGGCAGUGCAGUCAAACUAUCACCAAAGUGUAAAUCAGCACUAUGUACUGGAGGAGGAGCAGAUGGCGCCGAAAGAUUUGUUGCAGCAGUUGCAUCUCGUUGUGGAGGAUUUGGCUGCAUUGGAUGGCUCCCUUACGUCUCUCUUUGAAGCUGCGCCGAACACGGAUGUAACGGAACACCAGCAGCUGGUCCAGUUCCGGAGCCGCGUCGCGCGACGUAUAACUCGCUACGGUCAGCUUGCGAAGAAUUUGGCCCAAAUUGUCGAGAAGAUCAUUUCCUACAGCUCCGCUCAAUCCCAAGAUGAGCCCCGCCAAAGAGAAUCCUUUCACCCCAGACAGCUGCAUGAACUCGACUCCCUACUGAAGCAGCACCAACAACGCUUGCAAAAGUACAAGUCGCAGUUCGCUGCCUGGUGGCAGAAUACUGAACGGCACUUUCACACAAUGCGGAUGGCCAAUUUCGUAUGCUCCGUCCAAGAGAGGGCACAGACUUCAUUAGGCUUGCCUGCUAGAGAUGGACCUCCUGGAGGUCCUUCCCGCAGCGGGGGCCCCCGUUUCGAACCCGUUAGAGCUAAGGCAACUAGUGGGGAGCUGGUCGCCGCGGACCGCGGACCGCAGAAGCCACAAGCUGAUACUUCUCUCAACCCAGCAGCUCUGCAGAGGCCCGCCCAGGUUCAGGCCCGCAGCCAGCAGCUGCUCCAGGAGACGGGCCAGGCUAUGGUCAAGGAGGUGCAACGCAUGCGCGCCACACAAGAGCAGCUCCAACAGUCGUCGAACGCCCUGGAACAGACAGAGGCAUCCUACAACGCUAAGAUGUGGGGAUUCGGCGGCGGUUUUGGGAUGUGCUUUCGUCUUUGGCUCGCGACUCUCCAGCGCAACAGGAAUGCUGCAGACUUUGAAAAAGAGGUACACUACCCCUGGGAUGCGCAGCUCAUCGCAGCGCAGCUUCCUGCAGGGUUUCAGGGGAAAACGGCAGAGAGCAGCAGAUGGAGUGCAAUAACAGAAAAGAGGGCAGUGACCAAGCCGGUAGAGAGCCGGCAGCAUGUGUUAGCUUGCCCGAUUGCAUGUAUAAUGAAGCUUGCGUGGGACCAAGGGCUGCUUUCAGCAGCACCGCAGAACGCCCCUACUUGGAAAGCGCGCGGGCCAUCUUUCCCCUCGGGAUCAGUAUCAGCGUCUGCGUCUGAUUCAGAGCUUAUUUGGUUCGCGUUCCUCUUCUUCUUGGGGUGCUGCGCAUUCGUCCUGCUGAGACGUCUGGGGCUUUUAAAGCUUGUAAUAGGCGUGACCUCUUUCUCGGUAAGGCAUUCAAUCUAUCUGGUUCUUGGGGUAGCUGACCGGACUUUGUUGGUUUUGGCUUGGAUGUGGGAAAAUUGGUUCAUGGGAACCAAAGCAUCUCACAAGCCCCUGGAAACGACAGCCACUCAGGCUUUAAACUUCCCUGCCGAAUCUUUUGUAUCUGGGAGACCUCCGGCUGCGCCCGGGUUGCUUGCAACUUCCGCUGCCACCGUCAUCGCGGCGACUUCUGCCCCAUCUAGACGCAACCCUGCUCGUGAGGCUGAAGUCGGCCUCAAUAUCUACCAUGCGGCGGCACCGGAAGGAGUUCAAAAAGAGGUUUCAGCUCAGAAGGCCAACACUCGUACUGAGGCAGGCCUGACGGCAGGGGAACAGAUGAAAGACGGGCUGCACGCCUAUGUGCAGCAACACGACAAAAGGGGCAGUGAGUUCAGUCCACGUGCGGCGCGCCUGUCAACGAAAGACAAAGAGAAGCACGCCAAGGCACCUCAGUCAGAGGAGCUCUCAGAAGAAUCACAAGUAGCGGCAGGGAACGCCGCGGAAGUCACCGGACGAAAGCCUCGCCCUAUUGGUAGUCCUUCCAGCAACUUGAACAGGCCAUCUGCUGCUGAGCGUCAGCAGUAG